AUGGCCAUCGAAACCCUUCCCAACCAGAAGACGCUCAAAGAAGCAUUCGAGCACGAGAUCUACUCCUCCGAUGGCACUCCCCUGCUGUUCGGCUCACUCUUCGACCACUGCAGCGACAAUGACCAACGAAACCAGAGAAGAGUACUGGUAAUUUUCAUCCGUCACUUCUUCUGUGGCAACUGUCAAGAAUAUAUCCGUCGACUAUCCUCGCCAGAAUCACCAUUCCAUCCCUCUCACCGGCCUAUUUCCACCGCCCCAGCUACAGCCAACUUCUCCAAACCGGUCUCUCGUUCACUCCCAAGGGUAAUCAUCAUCGGACCUGGUCUGCCCACCUUGAUCUCUUCCUACACCGCCCUGACGCAAUGUCUGUAUCCUGUCUAUGCUGACCCGUCAACACGACUCUACGAUAUCCUAGGCAUGCACAGGACACUGUCACUGGGCCAGAAAGCACCCGGCUAUAUCCAACACUCUCUCAUGAGCGGCGCUAUGAAAUCGGCAUGGCAAAUCGUCAGACGUGUUGGCAGCGGGGAUGCCAUGGGUGGAGGUGAUUGGAAUGUUAAUGGGGGAGAAUUCCUCUUCGUGCAACCAGAUUCAUAUCAUGGUGGUGGCGGCUCGAAAUCAAAUUCCCCGUGGAUGACAUCGAAGGGACAGGCCUCUUCCUUAGGCAGAGGAGCCUCGACGCCGUCAGCGCCGGGAUCUUCCACCGUAUCUAGGUGGGAGAUAUCCUGGUGCCACCGAAUGCUCAACUCCCGCGAUCACACCGAACUCGUCGAUUUACAAUACCACACGUGCCUCACAUCGGCAACUUCGCGAGGAAUUUCACGAGCAAAUUCACCCCCCAAAUCAAUUCUUGUGAACAAACACCAUUCUCACUCAAGCCCCGUUCCUACUGAAAUGCGAAGCUACUCCAGCGAAUGUUUGGGUUCCUGUCCAGGGCCAGAUGUUCCCAAAACUCGCGACGAAGUCUGGCGACACCACCAACAAAAUCAACUACAGAGCUCACAAUCAAAAUCGACAUCUCACCGGAGAUCAAGAUCACAGAGGACCAGCUCGGGCUCUCACGUUGACAUUACGCACCAUCGAACACGAUUCAAUCCCUCGUGCUCCGAAUCGCGGGCCUCAAAUUCGCUCUUCCACACGUUUCACGACUCAGUUUCCGAGGAAGGCGAAACUCAGCCUCGUAAAAGUUUAACGUCCAAUUUGGCCGACAGAGUUGGUGUGCUCGUGCGCUCGAAAUCGCUCUCGGAUAGAUCGACUUCCAUUUCAGCUAUACCUAUGGCUUCUCGGGUCUCGACGUCGAGAUCUGAAAUCCGCCCUGGAGCGACUGUGGAGGCCAAUAGCCAGCAGAACAACACAAGGAGAUCGAUCACGGGUAUAUUGAGGUCGGGCUCUAAGUCCAAGUCGCAGCGCAAAGAUCGUCCUCGUUCGCUCCCCUCUCACUCUCGACACAACUCGGCCGCAAAAUCCAACUUACGAUCCACCUCCCCUCCUAAAGUUCAUUCCCAUUCGCGGACUGACUCGAAAAGGAAGUCCCAUUCCCGCACCCGAACGUUCUCAUUCUCCAAGCCGAGUGUAAGAAAAAGCACGAUCGAGAUGGAUGAGAAUGGUAUUAUGCUCGUGGACGGGGUCGAGUUUGUUAAUGUCAUCUCCGUAAAAGCAAGAGUGGAUAGCGGACUUGGGUUGGGACAUUCCGCUGAUUAUGGCCAUGGAGAUGCGAGGCCGGUGCUACCUGCAGAGACCUAG